AUGUUGGCCCUGGAGCAGGUGCAUAGUGGCUGCCUGCCCUGGCUCCCCAGGCGGGCAUCCCAGGAGGGUGAGGAGGAGUGUCCCGAGACCUGGAUGCAAGGGAGCCACUGCACAAGCUACCCACUGCCUGAGGAGAACAUAGCCACCCAAUUCUCCCAGCUGAGUCUAUAAGACCAUCCUUACUGAAGCCCCCUGAGUCUUCCCCACAAUUCAAACCCUUGCUCGGAGCUGCUCUUCUGGCGAUACCCUGGGUGCUUGAUCCUUGAGGUACAUCGCUUGAUAAAGCUGGGGGAUGCACCUGAUCCUCACUACCAUGCAUCUUCAGCUGGGGACAUAAUGAAGCUCUGA